GUUUUACCUCUAUAUUUUACAGAUCGAAAAUGAAGGCGACGUAUAUUAUUGUAUUAUUUCUACCUGUUGUAUUAAGUUCAGAAGUAUGCACAGAAGAUUUGGUAGACUUAAUAAAUAGUAAACAAAGCACAUGGGUUGCCCAUGACAAUUUUGAUGAAAACACAUCAAUCGAAGACAUACAAAUAUUACUAGGUGCAAAAAUAAGGGAUUCAAAUUUAAGAACUGCUAAGACAUUUAAACACAGUGAAAAUAUUAAAGUUCCCGAUUCUUUCGAUGCAAGGGAACGCUGGAAAGAGUGUUCAGAUGUUAUCAGCACAAUUGCUGAUCAAUCAGGUUGUGGAUCUUGCUGGGCAGUAGCUGCAGCUUCCGCAAUGAGUGACAGACGAUGCAUAGCAUCGAAUGGAAAACUUAAAAUUCCCAUUUCUGCUGAAGAUCUAAUGUCUUGUUGCUCUGACUGUGGAGAUGGAUGCAGUGGAGGAUACCCAGAUGCUGCAUGGGAUUAUUGGCACGAGACAGGAAUUUCUACAGGAGGUGUUUACGGCAGCAAACAGGGUUGUAGACCGUAUUCGUUAAAGCCAUGUGAACAUUAUGUAAAUGGUAACAAAGUGCCAUGCAGUAGUUUGCACUACAACACACCAGCUUGCACACACAAAUGUGACAAUCCCAGACUCAAUUAUGCAUCAGAAUUAACUUUUGGUGAAGGUUCAGUACAAUCUUUCAAGUCAGUUGAAGACAUUAAAAAGGAGAUAUUGACAAAUGGCCCAGUUGAAGCAAGUUUUUUGGCGUAUAAUGACUUCUUGUGUUACAAGACAGGUGUUUAUCAACAUGUUUCUGGCGAUAUUGCUGGUGGUCAUGCAGUAAGAGUUUUAGGCUGGGGAGAAGAAAACGGUACUCCCUACUGGUUGGUUGCUAAUUCAUGGAAUGAAGACUGGGGUGACAAGGGGCUGUUUAAAAUAAUUUUAGGAAGAAAUGAAGUAGAAUUCGAGAGUGGUAUGGUUGCAGCACUUCCGAAAAUAUAAUUAUAACAAAUUCUUAUUUGGUCAUUUUAUAUCUUCUUUUAAAUAAUAGUAAAUAAACUUUUUUAAAUCAAAACAA